GCACCCGCCGCCGACAGCCCGGCUGCGCGCCCCGGGUCGCGCGCCGCCGCCACCGCCGCCGCGCGCCCCUUGCUCGCUUGCUCGCCGGCUUUAAAGUCUCUGCCAGGAUCCAUGCUCACAUGUUACUUCCUGUAUGGAGGCAUGGCUAGUUUCCAGCCCCGCGCUCCCCGAUCCUCCCCAGCUCGCGCCAGAGCCACAACUUUCAGGAGCAUGGACUGAAGGCGCCCUCGCCCCAGCGUCCCUCUGAGAUCCUUUGUGUUUCCCUCGGUUUCCUCUGGCUGUUUCUAUUUUGGGGGGCUCUUCGCUCCCCCCGCCUUUACCCGCCCCUUCCCCGCUCGCAAACAUGCCUUCUUCCUUCCCCGGGCCCUGGAAGGAGCUGCCUGCCUGAAGCCCGGAGACGCAGCGCCGCGCUCAGCCCCGCCGCCGCCCGCCGGCUCUCGGGCUGCGCUGCCGACUCAAGUUGGGGAUCCUCGGCUGCUCGCCGCCGCCGCCUGCGGUCCCUGCCUACCCCGGGCCCCAGGCAUCACUGCCGCCCGCCGACUCCUCGCCCUGCCCGCUCGGCUCGCUCCUUUUUGAACGGAAAGCAGCCCUUCUCCGCCGAGGAUCGUCCCCAGCGUGGCUCCGCGUUCUCGGUCACUUUUUGAGAUUUUCCGGGGGGUGCUCGGCGGCUUCCCGCAUUCCAGGGGGACUCGGUCCGCUGAGCGCGGGGGCCCAGUAGAGCGGACUAGCAAGGGAAGAGCCCGGGCUUAGCGAAGGCUUACACCGAGGCAAGAACUUAUUCAACAAGUUUACCCCCCCUGCUUUCUUCUUUUCGAUGUGCGUUUUCGGACAUGCGGAGGUUACUGGAACCGUGUUGGUGGAUUUUGUUCCUGAAAAUCACCAGUUCCGUGCUCCAUUAUGUCGUGUGCUUCCCCGCGUUGACAGAAGGCUACAUGGGGGCCCUGCACGAGAACAGACAGGGCAGCUCGGCGCAGAUCCGCAGGCGCAAGGCUUCCGGCGACCCGUACUGGGCCUACUCGGGUGCCUACGGUCCUGAGCACUGGGUCACGUCUAGUGUCAGCUGUGGGGGCCAUCACCAGUCACCUAUAGACAUUUCAGACCAGCAUGCACGUGUCGGUGAAGAGUACCAGGACCUGCAACUUGAUGGCUUUGACAAUGAGUCUUCCAACAAAACCUGGAUGAAAAACACAGGGAAAACAGUUGCCAUCCUUCUGAAAGACGACUAUUUUGUCAGCGGUGCUGGCCUCCCUGGCAGAUUCAAAGCUGAGAAGGUGGAAUUUCAUUGGGGCCACAGCAAUGGUUCUGCAGGCUCUGAACACAGCAUCAACGGCAGGCGGUUCCCUGUGGAGAUGCAGAUUUUCUUUUACAAUCCAGAUGACUUUGACAGCUUUCAAACUGCCAUUUCUGAAAACAGAAUAAUCGGAGCCAUGGCCAUAUUUUUUCAGGUCAGUCCAAGGGACAAUUCUGCACUGGAUCCUAUUAUCCAUGGGUUGAAGGGCGUCGUACAUCAUGAGAAGGAGACCUUUCUGGAUCCUUUCAUCCUCCGGGACCUCCUGCCUGCAUCCCUGAGCAGCUAUUACCGGUACACAGGUUCUUUGACUACCCCACCGUGUAGCGAAAUUGUGGAGUGGAUAGUCUUCCGGAUGCCUGUCCCCAUCUCUUAUCAUCAGCUCGAGGCUUUUUAUUCCAUCUUCACCACGGAGCAGCAAGACCACGUCAAGUCAGUGGAGUAUCUGAGAAAUAACUUUCGGCCACAGCAGGGCCUGAACGACAGGGUGGUGUCCAAGUCUGCCGUCCGUGAUGCCUGGAACCACGACAUGACAGACUUCUUAGAAAACCCACUGGGGACAGAAGCCUCUAAAGUCUGCAGCUCUCCGCCCAUCCACAUGAAGGUGCAGCCCCUGAACCAGACAGCACUGCAGGUGUCCUGGAGUCAGCCGGAGACCAUCUACCACCCACCCAUCAUGAACUACAUGAUCUCCUACAGCUGGACCAAGAAUGAGGAUGAGAAGGAGAAGACGUUCACGAAGGACAGCGACAAGGACUUGAAAGCCACCAUUAGCCCUGUCUCACCUGACAGCCUUUACCUGUUCCGGGUCCAGGCCGUGUGUCGCAAUGACAUGAGGAGUGACUUCAGCCAGACCAUGCUCUUCCAAGCUAAUACCACUCGAAUAUUCCAAGGGACAAGAAUUGUCAAAACAGGAGUGCCCACAGCAUCUCCUGCCUCUUCGGCCGACAUGGCCCCCAUCAGCUCUGGGUCUUCCACCUGGACAUCCUCUGGCAUCCCCUUCUCAUUUGUUUCCAUGGCAACUGGGAUGGGCCCGUCUUCCAGCGGCAGCCAGGCGACGGUGGCCUCGGUGGUCACCAGCACGCUCCUCGCCGGCCUGGGCUUCAGCAGCGGCGGCAUCUCCUCCUUCCCCAGCACCGUGUGGCCCACACGCCUGCCCACGGCCGCCGCGGCCAGCAAACAGGCCGGCAGACCCGUCCCGGCCACACCUGAGGCCUUGGCCUCUCCGGGCCCCGACGGUGAUUCGGCGCCAACCAAGGACGGCGAGGGUGCCGAGGAGGGGGAGAAGGACGAGAAGAGUGAGAACGAGGACGGCGAGCGGGAACACGAGGAGGAGGGCGAGAAGGGCUCCGAGAAGAAGGAGAGGAACGGCGUGACCCACGCCACGCAGGCGCGGAGCGGCACUGAGCCCAGCCCCGCCCCCUCGGCUCCCGGCAGAGCUGCCCAGGACGGUGGGCGUCAGACUAUAGCCGGGCGUGAGCGGGACCGCACUGCAAUCCCCACCGCCCAGCCCGAGGACGCGCUGGACCCCCGCCCCGUCACCCUCACCCAAGUGCCCCCCACAGUCACAGAGGAGCAUUACAGAGAGAAUGAUCCCAAGAGGCCCGAGACACCGUCUAAGAAGCCUAUGUCCCCGGGGGACCGAUUUUCUGAAGAUAGCAAAUUUAUCACUGUUAAUCCAGCAGAAAAGAACACCUCUGGAAUGAUAAGCCGCCCUUCUCCAGGGAGGAUGGAGUGGAUCGUCCCUCUGAUUGUGGUAUCAGCCUUGACCUUCGUGUGCCUCAUCCUCCUCAUUGCUGUACUCGUUUACUGGAGAGGGUGUAACAAAAUAAAGUCCAAGGGCUUUCCCAGACGUUUCCAUGAAGUGCCUUCUUCUGGGGAGAGAGGAGAGAAGGGGAGCAGAAAAUGUUUUCAGACAGCUCAUUUCUACGUGGAAGAUAGCAGUUCACCUCGGGUGGUCCCCAAUGAAAGUAUUCCUAUCAUUCCUAUUCCGGAUGACAUGGAAGCCAUUCCUGUCAAACAGUUUGUUAAACACAUUGGUGAGCUCUAUUCUAAUAACCAGCAUGGGUUCUCUGAGGAUUUUGAGGAGGUCCAGCGCUGUACAGCCGAUAUGAACAUCACUGCAGAACAUUCUAAUCAUCCAGAUAACAAGCACAAAAACAGAUACAUCAACAUUUUAGCAUAUGAUCACAGUAGGGUGAAGUUAAGACCUUUACCAGGAAAAGACUCUAAGCACAGCGACUACAUUAAUGCAAACUAUGUCGAUGGUUACAACAAAGCGAAAGCCUACAUCGCCACCCAGGGACCGUUAAAGUCUACGUUUGAAGAUUUCUGGAGGAUGAUUUGGGAACAAAACACUGGAAUCAUUGUCAUGAUUACGAACCUUGUGGAAAAAGGAAGACGAAAAUGUGAUCAGUAUUGGCCCACAGAGAACAGUGAGGAGUAUGGAAACAUUAUUGUCACACUGAAGAGCACAAAAGUACACGCCUGCUAUACUGUUCGUCGUUUUUCAGUCCGAAAUACAAAAGUGAAAAAGGGUCAGAAGGGAAAUCCCAAGGGGCGUCAGAAUGAACGGGUAGUGAUCCAGUACCACUACACGCAGUGGCCCGACAUGGGAGUUCCCGAGUACGCCCUCCCGGUCCUGACCUUCGUGAGGAGGUCCUCAGCAGCCCGGACUCCAGAAAUGGGCCCUGUGUUGGUGCACUGCAGUGCUGGCGUGGGCAGGACGGGCACCUACAUUGUGAUCGACAGCAUGCUGCAACAGAUAAAAGACAAAAGCACAGUCAAUGUCCUGGGAUUCCUGAAGCAUAUCAGGACACAGCGCAACUACCUCGUCCAGACUGAGGAGCAGUACAUUUUCAUCCACGAUGCCUUGUUGGAAGCCAUUCUUGGAAAGGAGACUGAAGUAUCUUCCAGUCAGCUGCAUAGUUACGUUAACAGUAUCCUCAUACCAGGAGCGGGAGGAAAGACACGACUGGAGAAACAGUUCAAGCUGGUCACACAGUGUAAUGCAAAAUACGUGGAAUGCUUCAGUGCUCAGAAAGAGUGUAACAAAGAAAAGAACAGAAACUCUUCAGUCGUGCCCUCUGAGCGUGCUCGAGUGGGCCUUGCACCGUUGCCUGGAAUGAAAGGAACAGACUACAUUAAUGCUUCUUACAUCAUGGGCUAUUACAGGAGCAAUGAAUUUAUCAUAACCCAGCAUCCUCUGCCACAUACUACGAAAGAUUUCUGGCGAAUGAUUUGGGAUCAUAACGCACAGAUCAUUGUCAUGCUGCCAGACAACCAGAGCUUGGCUGAAGACGAGUUUGUAUACUGGCCAAGUCGAGAAGAAUCCAUGAACUGUGAGGCCUUUACCGUCACCCUUAUCAGCAAAGACAGACUGUGCCUCUCUAACGAAGAACAAAUUAUCAUCCAUGACUUUAUCCUUGAAGCUACACAGGAUGACUACGUCCUAGAAGUUCGGCACUUCCAGUGUCCCAAAUGGCCUAACCCGGAUGCCCCCAUAAGCAGUACUUUUGAACUUAUCAACGUCAUCAAGGAAGAGGCCUUAACAAGGGAUGGCCCCACCAUUGUUCAUGAUGAGUACGGUGCAGUUUCCGCAGGAAUGCUGUGUGCCCUUACCACCUUGUCCCAGCAACUGGAGAAUGAAAAUGCUGUGGAUGUGUUCCAGGUUGCAAAAAUGAUCAAUCUGAUGAGGCCUGGAGUAUUCACAGACAUUGAACAAUACCAGUUUGUCUACAAAGCAAUGCUCAGCUUGGUCAGCACUAAAGAAAAUGGAAAUGGUCCCAUGACAGUGGACAAAAAUGGUGCUGUUCUCAUGGCAGAUGAAUCGGACCCUGCCGAGAGCAUGGAAUCUCUAGUGUGAGCAGAAUCCUGAAAGGGCGCUUAAUUUGUAAAACUUCUGAAGACUGAGAACUUUUUUGAGGCCUUUUUUUGCCAGACUCUACGUUAUACAAUAACCUGGUUACUUUUCUACACUGAUAAAAAGUUUUGAUAUUUAUUUUUUGCCAUUUUAUGUCUUAAUGGUAUCCUACUGAGCAUUUGCACCUCUGUUCAUUUCACACAGUGAAACGCGGUUUUACCUAGUUUGCACUAUCUGAUCAGUGUUACUGCCUAUAAUACUAAAGCAAACCCUGAUGUGACAUUCCGUGACAGCACACAUGCUACUUUUUAAUUCAGUACAGUGAAGGUCUUUGUUAUGACAGUGAAUCUUGGUUUUUUUAAUUAUUAUUAUUGUUGUUGCUAAAGCAGUUGCAUUCUACUAGCAGGCAAUGCUGUACUUUUCCUCAGUUCUCCUCUUCUGUUUUUUCAAGGCACUGUUCGAUACUGUAUGCCUUCUGCAGUUUAAUGGAGUGGAUGAGCACUGUUUUCUUUUAAAGACUAGCUGGUGUGGGGAAGCUACUCUGAAGGUCUAUCAAACCUCAUGGCCUUGAAACAGUUUCAUUUAUGAUGGUGAAGAUAGCCAUUAAGAAAUUAGAAGGUUUGAGUUGUUUCAUGUGAACAUCACUUAUUAGUUACAAAGUUAUAUUCAUAGCUUAAAAAGAAUGCCCAAUUGUGUCAAAAUAAAAGAUAUCUCUGUAUUACAGUUUUCACAGUAGCUAUGUGGACAGUGUCUGUUGUUUCCAUUUUGACUCUCUGAAAUAGCUACACCCCAAAAUCAGGGCCAUCUUUUACCAAAGAGAGAUGGCAAUAUUUUAUAUAACUCCAGUUAUGAAUCCCUUUAGUGAAUCUCCAUUAAUGCUUCAUGGUUUAUAAAAGCAUACCUCAUGGCAGGUGGAAUAAUGAAAAUCUUUGCAGGUGUGUAAUUUUGAAACUAGUCCUCUAAAAUAUUCCUAUUACUCCUAUAGCAAUCUAAUAAAAAACUACCUAUAUAGCUAACAUUCUUACAUUCUUUUCUUUCCUUUUUUUUGCCAAAUGUUUCAUGAUAAAUCUCAUAACUACAUGCAUUCUUCUACUUAGGAUUAAACUGAAAAUACUGUAUUAGCAAAAGUCUUUGGGACUAUCUAGAUUCCCACACAUGGAUAAACCUGAUUUGGAGAGAGAAAAUUAGAAUCUGGAGUGAAAGGUGAUAGUGACAUUUUCAAACAGUUUUUAAAAAUAGGAGACAGCUUUGUAUGCUUUUGUGUAGUUUAGCCUCAAGAACAGAUAAAAAGAGACUGCUCAUCAUGACACAGAGCCCAAGGAAGUAGUUUCUUGGAGCCAUAUUCACCCUGCUGUACAUCAUGGGAAAAUUAGGAGCAUUAAUAAGAAAUUUCAGUUCAGUUAUUUAGAAAAAUAGGCUACUUACUGAGAUCUGUUUCUUCGACUGCACAUUUGCUCUUGAGGGAUGGCUUCUGUCAGAAGUGAAACCAUCACCAGAACUGGGCCUAUUAAGAAGAAAAGGGUUUUGGUUAUUUUUUAUGUCAAUAAACUUCAACCAAAAGUCCAUACUGGCUAUUAUCAUACCAUCUGGAUAGGCAUUAAAACAUUCAUGAUAAUCAGCCUUGAGAUUCUGUUUAUCUUGAGUUGGGUUUCUAUGAAGUUUGUCAGAGUGGACCUGAAGGAGCAAAGCUACUAAGGAGAGAGAGGCUACAGGACUAGCCCAGGAUUUCUAAGACAUAGGCCAGGUCAACGGAGUUUUCGUGAACUACAUAACUUGCCAGGGUUCAUCUCGUCUUUUCAUCACAUAGAUUCAGCCACACAGAACAGUCCACUGUUCACGAACUGUGUGGGCUAGGUUGAGAAAAGAUGUACAAGUGAGCCAAGUUUGCUAAGCUGCGUGUGCUAGAGGACACAGACACCUUUACCGCCCCUCUGCUCCCAUCAGAGGUGACACAAGGAAGCUCUGCCUAACACUUAAGAAAAAAAGCUUUAACACAGGAACACUACAGUUGCCGGCUGGCUGAGGGAAAUCAGUAAGGGAAAGGUUUCACAUCAUGGCAAAAGCUGGAUCAUUUUACUCAAUUAAGUAGGUUCCUCUAGUUGUACAGAGUAUUGAUAUGAGCUAAUUCUUCUCAGUAGAUAGUACAGUGAACUUGACUUUCAGAAGUAACAUUCAAGUUGGGGUUCAUGGUCCCACUGUCAUUUUUUCUUAACAAAAGUAAACACUGGUUACAAGACACAUGGCAAGUAUUCCCUUCUGUGCUAUUACAGAGGGCUCAGUUCAUGGAAUGCAUACCCUCCAAUUCUGUGACCAUCUCUUCCAGGGGUAUCAGAAUCAUGAUAAAAGAGAGAGAGCUAGUAAAUACAAUAGAAACAUUACAAGGAUGGCUUAGAAGUUCUCUGUGAGCAAUUGUGUGUCUGUAGCGGUCUUGAACCAAAGUCUACAAAUCCCGACACACUGAACUAUAAGCAAUUGCUAUUUGCCCAUCUUGCCAAAGUGGUCCAAACACACUUCACUGAGGAUAGUUAUAUUCAGCCGUUCCUCACUUUGACCAUGGAGUGUAUCCUCACUAUUAUUCUUCAUCUGUUAUUGGCAAAUAUAUGCUUGCGUCUUUCCAGAGGCAAAGAUGGUGUUCUCUUUGAGACAUAAUAAGCACAUCGCUUAACUACAUAGCAAGGUUAUUACCACUUGCACUCAGGAGGAAAGGAAAUAGCUAUUGCAAAUUAAUCUGUGCUAUGUUAUAAAAGUAAGCUUUUGGGAGUGUAUGAAUUUAGCUCUAGGUAAGCAGAAUGCACACAUCAUUCAAAACUGAAUUGCAAAGAUCAGAACAAGUGGCCAUGCUGGACAUCAGAAAAAACACACCUUAUUGCCAUCAAGAGAACUCGUUCCUUCAUCUAAAAGCCACAAUAUCAUCUUUCAUAUUUAAAAAAAAAAGUUUCCUUCUGAAAUUCAAGAUGAUUAAAAUUAGGUGGAUUGGUUUUCCUAAUUUUUAUGUCUUGGUGCUUUUAGAGUCUAUUUCGAGUUGAAAAGUCCAGCAAGGUCAGAGAGGGUUAUGGCAUUUAAGGUCUGGCUGUUGCAGUUUUUAGCCCAGAGUGACAUACUGAAAUCAGCAAAUAACCCUAAUUACUUUAUAAUGACACAGCACAACUGCCUUGUUAUGAAUUUUUUCUUAAAUGCAUAUACACUGUAUUUAAAAAUUAAAAUAUAGAUACCAAUUUACCAAAGAUACAUACUACUAAUUCUAAGCAAAAAAUUAAAAAAAGAAACCCAAACUCAUCGUAAUUUAAGAAAUAAUAAUCAAAAUGUAGUUUGUCUUAAGAAUUUAGCAGGUAUACUGGGAAAUGCAUUUUCAACUGCUAUGUCCUAAAGUUUAUGUUCAAAUGGUGCCAGUGAAUUUUUAUGUGAAGGGAAAAUGCCUGCUUUUUUUUUUUCAACAGCUGUAGUUUCACUUACCCCUUUGCGCUUGCCCUUAGUUGCCACUUAACAUACAAUAUUGGCUUUACUUAUCUCUAGAAAGAAGGCAUGCUACAAAUAGGAAGGAAUUGUAAUAAUAUUUGGCCUCUACUUUGUCUUAGCUGUUAAACUGUUUUUAGUAUUUUUGUUAAAUAUUUGCAAAGGGAAGCAUUUUCUACAGAGGAUAAUUAAUUUCAAGAAAAAUAUCUUGAGUUUUAAGAAAUAAACAUCUCCAGAAAAGGAGACAGCCGAUUUUAUAAAAUGUCGCAACUCUCCAACAUUUGGGGUAGUGACUCCUUUUUUGUUAGGACAUUUGAAACUAGAAAGCAGCCAUUGUUUCUAAAAAAAAAAAAAUUCAGCCUUCAUGUUGAUUCAUGUCUCUUUCACUUCAUUUUGAAAUAGCUAAAAUCAUUAAAACUGUAAAUAUUUUGUUGCUUGGAUAAGCAUCUUCUGAGAACUUUGUAUCUAUGGUAUAUAAUCAUAGAAUUUUAUAUUUUCAUAUAAAGCUAAUUUUUUUCUAGUUUCAACUCUGUCAUAGUUUUUUUGUUUUUUUUUUCCCUUUGUGGUGGAUAAUGUGAAUUCAACUUUCUGUGUAUUGAAGUAGCAAGAACCAUCUUUGCAUUCCAAAAGAAUCCAACAUGUGUUAUUUCUUUGAGGAAGUGAUUGUGAAAGUUGGGUUUUCUUUUUUAAUUUCAUUGACCAUUUGUGCAAUAGGAAUUAGACAUAAUUAGUCACUGAAUACAGUCGUUGCAUUGACCCAUUUGGAAAAAGUGGUUUUUUUGGUUUUUUGGUUUUUUAAUUUGUUCGGGGGGUUUUGUAACCUGAAAUUUUUCCCUUUUUUCUUCUGUUUAAAACUAUAUCAAAUCAUUCUAUUAUAGUGUUAUUUAAUAUGUAAAUUGUAUUGCUAUACAUAAAAUAAAGUAUGGUUUUUGAUGUA